CGGCGAGGACGACGAGCUGUUGGAAAGUCGUAGGCAGCGCAAUGUCACACAAUGCGCACGGCGACGGCAGUGAGGAUACGCGCCGCGAUUGAAGAAAGACCACCUCAGGGUGACCUGCCCUCCACGUCGUCCCAGUCGCGCCCGCGCAACACGGCUGCAGAGGGGGGCUCCAUGGAACGAGGGGGAGGGGAGGGGGGCCAGCAAGAAGCGUGCGUGGCGGGUGGGGGGGCGAUCGCUGCUGCAGCCGCGGGGUCUUCGAGCAAUGUUAGUGUCGUGGCGAGGGCGAGAGAAGAGGUCCCAGUUGUGGAGCGGGAGGCGACGCUCGGCGACAACAAGGGUGAAAGGGAGGAUGAAGACCCCCAUCUAAGCCGGGUUCGGAGGGGAGGGAUGGCGAGAGAUCUGGCCGACCGUGCCCGCCUGUGGGUCGAUGACAAAGCAUUCUGGACGACGGGGGAGGGGCGAAGGCUGUACAACAUCGUCCACGAAUCGCGGGAGUACUUCGUCGCCAUCGCCAGCGGGCUGCAAACUCCCCCCGUGCCCAGGAGCGUUGUCAUGACGAAAUCGUCGACGACCCUCACAAGGAUUGCAGAUCCCGCACAACUACAGCAGGCGAUCGCCCGCGCGACGGCAACGGAGAAUAUUGCUCUGCGCGUCUUGCGCGGAUGGGUCUUCAAGUCCGGGAACCGCCCCCGAGGAUUCAAUGUCGCUUUCCAGUACGAGCUGGAGUCGGUGGCGACGGACAUUGCGCGUGUGAUGUGGUACGGCGAGGAGUGGAGCAACGUCGUUAGCACAGCUGUUUGCACGCACACAAUCGACCUGAACAUGGACUUGCCAUUGUGGUUUGUGGGCGCACACAUCGAGGACAGGCUGGAGGACAACGACAUAGCGACACACCAGGAGGCGACCGUUAUAUGCAUCGCACAUGCAUGUCGCGCCGUGGUGGAAAUGGAUGGCAUCGUCUACGCAAAAGUUCAAAAUCGAGAGGUGGGGGACAAGUUCCAGGCCAUCCAAAUGACCAACAGUGCUCUAUCCUCUGUGCCCAAAAAUCGGCGCACUUCACACCCGCAGUGCGCCGUGUCCGCACUGCAAAACGGACGGCGACGCACGUUCGAGAAUCGCAACGGCAACCAAAGACGAUCCUCGACACAAACAACCAACCUGACGCAGGACAAAACGUAGCAACCUAAUCAAGGCUGGACAGAACAACUGAUCUGCCCUCCGGCCAUUGCCGUAAUGAACGCGCUUCCACGCA